GGGGCGUAGCGCGCAAUUUUGUAAAGUGUUUGUUAUUAUGUUCCAUUUUAGAAUUUAAUUCAUUUUUCUGAAUAGCUUACACAUUUUUCAUUUUCUCUAGUGCAUCUUAGCCUCAUGUCUGAAAUGGACCUACGUUUGACCAUGAUUUCGUGACGUCAUAUUCACCACCGGCCUUGGGUGGUAACACGGAUUCCAAGAAGCUCUGCUUUUAGCUAGCAUAGCCACGUCAUCUUCCCUGCUACAGGAGUGACUCUUAUUCACCAUCUCUUUUGAAUAUCAGUCAAAGAAUCUCUAAACCAUGGCGCUCAUACUCCAGUACAUCGAUGACAUGCACCGUGUAUUCAACAAACACGGAGACCCUCGCACCAACAACUGGCUUCUGAUGUCCAGUCCGUUCCCCACACUUGCCAUCUGUCUGUCGUACGUAUACCUGGUCAAGGUGCUAGGGCCCAGGCUCAUGGAGAACCGCAAACCCUUUGAGCUGCGGAACGUCCUCAUCGGGUACAAUCUCUUCCAGGUCAUCUUCAGCUCCUGGCUCUUCUAUGAGCUAAGCAUUUCAGGGUGGCUCACCGGCCACUAUAGUUUACGCUGCCAGCCAGUCGACUAUUCUAACCAUCCCCGCACUCUCAGGAUGGUCAAUGUAUGUUGGUGGUAUUAUUUCUCAAAAUUCACAGAAUUCAUGGAUACGAUCUUCUUCGUUCUGCGCAAGAAGAAUCAACACGUUUCCACGCUGCAUGUCAUUCAUCACGGCUGUAUGCCCAUGAGCGUCUGGUUCGGUGUUAAGUUCACACCAGGUGGCCACAGCACUUUCUUCGGACUGUUGAACACGUUUGUACACAUCAUCAUGUACUCGUACUACCUGCUGGCUGCCCUGGGACCUGGCAUGCAGAAGUAUCUGUGGUGGAAGAAGUACCUCACCUCCCUGCAGAUGGCCCAGUUUAUCGCCAUCAUGGUCCAUGCUUUCCAGCUUCUCUUCAUCGACUGCAACUACCCACGCGCCUUCGUCUGGUGGAUCGGAAUGCACGCUGUCAUGUUCUUCUUCCUCUUCAAGGAGUUCUAUAACCAGUCAUACAGCAGGCCAAGAAAGGCCAGAGCAGCAGCAGCAGCGGCGGCGGCUGCGGCCAACGGUAACGGCUUAGCAAACGGAACAGCGAACGGAGUGGCCAACGGAAAAACAGAACAGAACGGCACAGCACAAAACGGCCACACCAAAACUAAGGGCUACAGCAACCAAGCGGACUAUUACGCCACAGGGGAGAUGACUAGGCCGGAGCUUGUACAACGGACAAUCACCAGCAAAAGAGAUUGACCGCCAAGCGGUGUACUUAAUGUAGAUAAGAUGUACAGUUCUAGUUUGUAUCUUGUUUGUUGUUUAUUCUAGUUACAUUUUUGUAAGAAACCUAGUACCCGUUUAGGUGCCGAAAUUAUUGUCUUGCUUUCAUCCUGAGCCCAUGUCAGUUUGUGAUUUUUUACCGAUUACAUUUCUUUUCUUUCGUACAUGUUUGUGUUGUAUGUUUAAGUUGCUCAAUUUCUCUCUUCCCUCUUACCCAGGAGACAGUCCCAGCAAUACAGUAACUAGGUAGAAGAGUGUGUUCAUAGAGUUAAUAGAUGUGCCUCUAGUAUUAAUCGUGCAUUGUUGAUUACUAAUAGGUAACUACUUAAUUGUCGCAGUACUUCCAGAAAUUAAACUGUGUUCCACUUUUUUCAGAACUGCCUUUUUUAAUACGAGUUAAAAAAAUGUCUUAUGUGUGAACUAAACAAUUUUGUAUUUUCGUCUCUUUAACUGAUUAAAAAUAUCGAAAGUACUACUGUUGUUUAAGUUGAUUUAAAGUUAAAUUCCAUAUUCUAACUGUAUAUUUGUUGAUCUUAAAAUAAUUUAAAAAGCUGCAUGAAGCAUAACAAUAUGCCUUUGCCAUGUUGUGCCUUCAGGGCUUUCAGGGACCACGAUUUUAUUGUUUUUUUUUCAUGACAAUAUUAUUUUAAGAUCGUAAAAUUUCUGAGCCUUCAUAAAGCAAAAUAAACGGUUGAACCUGAGCUUGGCAGUUUUAUUAGAAAUGUUGGAUUACUUAAAUCUAGAACUGUAUCACUUGAUGUACUGGUAUGAGCUGUUAAUUUUGUAAUAGUCAUCAGCAUUUUUCUAAAAAUAUGAAAUGGGCAAGGAUACAUUUACAAUGUUUUUAUUUCAAGUCUCGAGACUACGAUUCCACCGCAAUGUUUUCUGAUGACUUUACUCUAUGUAUAUUUUGAUCUCUUAUAGCUUACUAAGAUUCAAUGUCCUAUUCUAUAAAAAUAUAAACAAAUAUUAUUCGCUGUUUUUCUCUUCGACUUCAAUAUUAAAAAGUUUACAUGUUGAGUAAUGCAACAAAUAAUUUAAAAUAUUUCUACUUACUAAGCAAAACCUAGCAACAAAGGAAGACAUGAAUGAUUGCAUGUUGACUAAGUAAUUUGUUUAUGACUUUGAUUAGUUGAAGUCUAUAGUAAAACCAUAAAUAACGCAAAUAAGUCCAAAAGUGUUUUUUAAUGAUUUUUUAAAUAAAAGGGACUCAUGCUAACAUUUAUACCCAAGUUAAAAACAAGAGAAUCAGCUUGUGCCAGAAAUUUUUUAAGUAGGUCUCCUCGAUAGAUUUGUCAUAUUCAAGAUUUUUAUUUCUUAUUUCGUCAUACUGUAAUUAUUUAUUUAUUAAUGUAUCUCUUCCAUGUUUGUACUUAAUUACUGUAAUUCUUCUUUAGUCUUAUUGUAUUUGUAGUUUUUUUAUGUGUAAAUUUGCUAAGUUUAUUCGUACACUUGUCAGAAAGUGUAAUAAUCAAAAUAUAUUAUAUCAAAUAAAGGAUCAUGAUUAUUGAAAGCAAUAUUUGGCUACAAUUUAUGAGGUUACUUAUGUUUUUGUGAUCUAAAUCAAUAUUUAAUUAAUAUACUGUUUUUCAUUGAUGAUGGAUAGAAUAUUGUAUUGUAUCUUGUGUAAUUAUGUGAAACUCUUGUUUAUAUUAAAUAUAUAUUUUACUAUCG